AUGACGUCAUGGGAAAUUCCGGCGAGUUUGAAAGACGUGACUUCCCUCGCGGAAUUCUCCGCCGUCGGCUGCAAUCUUUCCGGGAAAAUCCCGGAUUUUCUCGGCGGCCAAACGUUCCCCGGCUUGACGACUCUGAGAUUAUCCGGUAAUUCUCUUUCAGGCGAGCUUCCGAUGAGCUUCGCCGAGUCGCCAGUUCAGAUCCUGAUGCUCAACGCGCAGAAGCUCAACGGAUCGAUCUCAGUUCUCGAGAAGAUGACUGCGUUAACCAAUGUGACUCUCCAAGGAAACGGAUUCUCAGGUCCCAUACCGGACAUUUCCGGUUUAGUCUCGCUGAAGAGUUUCAAUUUCAGGGACAAUCAGCUAACCGGUAUCGUACCGGCAUCUUUAACCGAGUCGAAAUCUCUCUCCGACGUGGCGUUGGGGAACAAUCUCCUUCAAGGACCAACACCAAGCUUCAAGUCCGCAGAAGCUGAUAUGUCUGGGACCAAUAGUUUCUGCUCAGACACUCCAGGGACUCCUUGUGAUCCACGUGUCAACACUCUGCUUUCCAUCGUCGAAGCGUUUGGUUAUCCGGUGAGGUUCGCGGAGAGCUGGAGAGGAAACGAUCCUUGUGACAAGUGGGCAGGGAUCACUUGUUUCGGAGCUGACGUCAGAGUGAUCAACUUCAAGAACAUGGGGCUCAACGGCAACAUAUCUCCACGGUUUGCGGAUUUGAAAUCUCUUCAGGUUAUCGAUCUCUCUCAGAACAAUCUCACCGGUGUGAUUCCGCAGGAGAUGACUCAGCUGAGUAGCUUGAAAACGCUUGAUGUUUCGAACAAUCGGUUGUACGGUAAAAUACCGGUUUUUGGUCCGAAUGUUUUGAAGACGAGUGGGAACGCGGACAUUGGAAAAGACGGUCCUAGUUCUGAUGCUUCUUCUUCUUCUUCCGGUGGAAAGAUUGUUGGUUCUGUGAUUGGAGGUGUGUUGUGUUUGCUUCUUAUAGGGUUUGCCGUUUUCUUCUUUGUCAAGAAAAAGAAGCGGUAUCAUAAGAUGCAUCCUCAACAACAGCACUCUGAUGAGAAAGAUGAGGUCAAGAUUCCUAUUCCGAUAGAGAACCCAAGUGCUGGUGGUGGUGGUGGAAGUGAAAGUGGACUCAGCAGUGGUAUGAUGGAAUAUGGGGGCCCUGUGAUGUCAAUAGAGGUUUUGAGGGACGCUACGGAUAAUUUCAGCGAGAAGAAGAUACUCGGGAGAGGCGGAUUUGGAAUUGUAUACGAAGGGGAAUUGCAAGAUGGGACGAAGGUUGCGGUUAAGAGAAUGAAGUCUUCGGGUGUAGGUGAGGAAGAGAAUAAGAAUGGUUUAGGGGAGUUUAAGUCGGAGAUAUCUCUUCUAACAAAAGUUCGCCACCGGAAUGUAGUGACAAUCCAUGGCUAUUGCUUACAAGGCAAUGAGAGGCUUCUGGUUUAUGAGUACAUGCCGCAAGGGACGUUGAGUAGGCAUAUUUUCAACUGGGAGGAAGAAGGGUUAAAGCCUCUAGAGUGGUCUAGACGAUUGAUUAUUGCGUCUGAUGUGGCUAGAGGAGUUGAGUAUUUGCAUACUUUAGCGAAAGAAUGUUUCAUACACAGAGAUCUCAAAACUACAAAUAUUCUUCUUGGAGAUGAUAUGCAUGCCAAAGUUGCUGAUUUUGGACUAGUCAAGUCUGCUCCUGAUGCCGCACAGUCGAUGGCGACAAAAGUUGCUGGAACUUUUGGUUAUCUUGCACCAGAAUACGCAUUGACCGGAAGAGUUACAACAAAGGUUGAUGUAUACAGCUUUGGAGUGAUUCUCAUGGAGCUACUAACGGGUCGAAAGGCUCUUGACGCUAGGAGAUGUGAGGAAGAAGUUCACCUUGCCACAUGGUUUAGGAGAAUGUUCAUCAACAGAGACACAUUCAUAAAGGCCAUUGACAAAACGAUUGAGAUCAACCAAGAGACGCUUGGAAGCAUCAACACAGUAGCUGCGCUUGCCAAUCAUUGCUGUGCCAGGGAUCCACAACAGAGACCCGACAUGACUCACGUCGUCAGCGUUUUUGUCUCACUCGUUCAUCAGUGGAAACCCGACCAACACUCUGAAGAUGCCUAUGUUAGCAAUCAGAAAGGAGAAGAGCCAGAGGGAAUGACCAAUGUUUCACCUUCCCGGGGAGAUAAUACUGUUACGAGUAUAACCUCGCGACCUCCCGAGCUUGAACACUCAUUCGGAUCAGGACAAGGAAGGAAUGCUUAUUUCUGGUCGCCAAUCAAAUCCCCCACCACUCUAAAACCUCGUUUCUAUUGUCUUCUAGGGUUUCGAAAAAGGGGAGUAGAAGAUUACAAGAGAGCGUGGAAGAUGUCCCUUCCGCUACUGGAGUGUAAGUACGUGACGGAGGAGUUUGUUCGCGAAGGGAAGAAUGGUAACUACGGUUCCAAGCUGCCCAGCUCCGUGCCGAUGCUUCGAUUUCUCUACGAGCUCUGUUGGAAUUUGGUUCGUGGCGAAUUGCCAAUUCAGAGCUGUAAGGCAGUGUUGGAGAAGGUGAAGUUUCUGGAUAAUCCAUCGAGAGAAGAAUUAGCUUCCUGUUUUGCCGAUGUCGUGACUCAGAUAGCUCAAGACCUUACCAUGUCGGCGGAUCACCGUUCUCGCUUAACAAAAUUGGCGAAAUGGCUUGUGGAAUCACAGACAGUUCCUCAAAGGCUUUUCCAAGAGCGUUGCGAGGAGGAGUUUCUAUGGGAAGCUGAAAUGGUUAAAAUAAAAGCCCAAGAUUUGAAGGGGAAAGAGGUGCGAUUAAAUACUCGUCUUCUGUACCAGCAGACAAAGUUCAACUUACUCCGUGAAGAAAGCGAGGGAUAUGCCAAAUUGGUUACCCUAUUAUGCCGAGGAUCUGCAAGUUCUUCACAUAAUACAUCAGCAGCAACUAUGGGAAUCAUCAAGUCAUUAAUUGGGCAUUUUGACCUGGAUCCGAAUCGUGUUUUCGACAUUGUUUUGGAUUGCUUUGAACUUGAACAAGAUUACGAAACAUUUCUCAAUCUAAUUCCUAUCUUUCCCAAGUCUCAUGCUUCACAAAUUCUUGGAUUUAAGUUUCAAUAUUAUCAGAGAUUGGAGGUGAAUAACCCUGUUCCAUCUGGGCUAUAUAAGCUUACAGCCUUGCUAGUAAAGGAGGAGUUUAUCAGUCUUGAGAGCAUAUAUGCACAUCUGUUACCGAAGGACGAGGAAAUUUUUGAGGAUUACAAUGCUUCUUCUGCAAAGCGAUUCGAAGAGGCCAAUAAAAUUGGAAAGAUAAAUCUUGCUGCUAUUGGGAAGGAUCUUAUGGAGGAUGAGAAACAAGGAGAUUUCACAGUAGAUCUUUUUGCUGCUUUAGACAUGGAAACUGAAGCUGUUACUGAGCGAUUACCUGAGCUUGAAAAUAAUCAGACUCUAGGCCUCCUUAAUGGUUUCCUCUCUGUGGACGACUGGUAUCAUGCCAAUAUCUUGUUCGAGCGCCUUGCGCCUCUUAAUCCAGUGGCUCACGAUCAGAUUUGUGGUGGCUUGUUUAGGCUUAUAGAGAAGUCAAUCGCUCACGCUUAUCGCAUUGCUCGUCAGAUGCGUUUUCAAAAUUCUUCAUCUGCGGGCACAGAAAAGAGUACACACGUUGCGAGUACAACAUCCAGUAGGAGUCUAGAUGUUCCAAAAGAAGUGUUUCAGAUGCUUCUUACAGUUGGGCCCUACUUGUAUCGCAAUACACAACUGUUGCAGAAGAUUUGUAGAGUAUUAAGGGUUUACUACUUAUCGGCCUUAGAUCUUGUUCGCAGUAGUGAUGGGUCGUCAAAUCAAGAAGGUCGUGCAUAUGAAACUUCUCGUGUGCACCUGAAGGAAGUUAGGUUGAGAGUGGAAGAAGCUCUAGGAACAUGCCUUCUGCCAUCGUUACAGCUAGUACCUGCAAAUCCAGCAGUUGGUCAUGAGAUUUGGGAAGUGAUGAGUCUCCUUCCAUAUGAGGCUCGUUAUCGCUUAUAUGGUGAGUGGGAAAAAGACGAUGAACGGAAUCCUUUACUGUUGGCAGCAAGGCAAGUGGCAAAGUUGGACACUAGACAUAUUCUGAAGCGGCUUGCAAAAGAAAAUUUGAAGCCGUUAGGAAGGAUGGUGGCAAAACUAGCACAUGCCAAUCCCAUGACGGUGCUUCGGACAAUUGUAAAUCAGAUUGAAUCAUACAGAGAUAUGAUUACUCCUGUUGUUGAAGCCUUUAAGUACUUGACACAGCUUGAGUAUGAUAUCCUGGAAUAUGUCGUGAUUGAGAGACUGGCACAAAGUGGACGAGAUAAACUCAAAGACGACGGGGUUAAUUUAUCAGACUGGCUUCAAUCUCUGGCGUCAUUUUGGGGUCACCUGUGUAAGAAGUACCCAUCAAUGGAGUUACGGGGUCUUUUCCAGUAUCUUGUGAACCAGUUAAAGAGGGGCCAAGGCAUUGAGCUUGUUCUUCUCCAGGAACUGAUCCAGCAGAUGGCAAAUGUACACUACACUGAGAACCUUACUGAAGAUCAGUUGGAUGCCAUGGCAGGAAGUGAGACUUUACGUUACCAUGCAACAUCCUUUGGCAUGACACGGAACAACAAGGCACUCGUCAAAUCAUCCAACCGACUACGAGAUUCAUUACUUCCACCGGAUGAAUCAAAGAUAGCUGUCCCCCUUUUGCUACUUAUCGCGCAGCAUCGUUCCCUAGUUGUGGUGAACGCGGAUGCACCAUAUAUUAAGAUGGUCACUGAAGAGUUCGACAGAUGUCAUGGAGUUCUCCUCCAAUACGUGGACUUCCUUUCUAGUGCUGUCAGUCCUGCUACUGCUUACGCUCGGCUGGUACCUACGCUUGAUGAGCUUGUUCACACAUACCACCUUGAGCCAGAGGUUGCUUUUUUGAUAUACCGCCCAGUGAUGAGGCUCUUCAAGUGUCGACGGAGUGGUGAUAUUUCAUGGCCUUUGGAUAGUGGGGAGUCUAUGGAUUCAGAUCCUGAUACAUCAGAAUCUGAGAGUUCCAUGAUUCUCGAUGCCGGCGCAUCUGAAAAAGCUGUAACGUGGUCUGACGUUCUUGAUACAGUAAGAACAAUGCUGCCCUCGAAAGCUUGGAAUAGUUUGUCGCCAGACCUCUACGCUACUUUUUGGGGGCUUACCCUUUAUGAUCUCUAUGUUCCCAGAAAUCGUUAUGAGUCUGAGAUAUCUAAACAGCAUGCUGCCCUUAAGGCACUUGAAGAGGGUUCUGAUAAUUCUAGCUCAGCAAUUACGAAGAGAAAAAAAGACAAGGAAAGGAUUCAAGAAUCUCUUGAUCGUUUAACCAUUGAAAUGAAAAAGCAUGAAGAACAUGUUGCUUCUGUCCGUAGAAGGCUUUCACGUGAAAAGGAUAAAUGGUUGAGCUCUUGUCCUGAUACUUUGAAGAUCAAUAUGGAGUUCCUGCAGCGUUGUAUUUUCCCUCGUUGCACAUUUAGCAUGCCGGAUUCUUUGUACUGUGCUAUGUUUGUACAUAUGCUCCACUCUCUUGGAACACCCUUUUUUAACACAGUCAACCACAUUGAUGUACUGAUAUGUAAAACGCUGCAACCGAUGAUCUGCUGCUGCACUGAAUAUGAAGUUGGAAGACUUGGGAAGUUUUUGUUUGAGACGUUAAAGAUUGCAUACCACUGGAAGAGUGCAGAGUCAGUCUAUGAACAUGAGUGCGGAAACAUGCCAGGGUUUGCUGUUUAUUAUAGAUACCCGAACAGCCAGCGUGUCACAUUUGGUCAAUUUGUAAAGGUACAUUGGAAAUGGAGUGGAAGAAUCACACGGCUGUUGAUCCAGUGUCUGGAGUCAAAUGAAUACAUGGAGAUUCGUAAUGCUCUAAUCAUGUUAACAAAAAUAGCUGGUGUUUUCCCAGUUACUCGGAAGACUGGGAUAAACCUCGAGAAACGGGUAGCCAAGAUUAAAAAUGAUGAGCGAGAGGACCUUAAGGUCUUAGCGACUUGUGUUGCCGCUGCUCUGUCUGCAAGAAAACCAUCAUGGGUUACAGACGAAGAAUUUAGCAUGGGCUUCCUUGAACUAAAGGCUCCGCCAGUACAGACUCAAAAACAUGCUCCUUCCCAGAAUGGCUUGGUAGGUGGUGUCUCCCAAGGUGAAUCAACUGGGGGAAGAUCUACUGUUAACCAGCAGCCUGAGUCUGGUGGGAAGGACCAGUCGUCAAAAACUAAGCCACUAGAUGGAAGAACGGAAAAUAUACCUUCAAAAUCUGAUCAAGGACAUCCAAAAUCAAAGGGAGGCAAUCCAUCGGAUUCCCAACCAUCCAUGUCUAAGAAGUCAAUGGAACAAAAGGAAACAGAUGAAACACCCAGAGUUUCUGAUGAGAAUCCUGUCAAAGCUGCUUCAAAGUAUUCUGAAGCUGAGGUAAAGCCUUCUUCUAGACGGGGUGCAUCGGCUGCAUCAGUGAACAAAUCAACAAAGCAAGAUUUUGGAAAAGAUGAUGUAAAGUCCGGUAAAGCUGUUGGAAGAACAUCCACAGCUGACAAAGAUCUUAAUUAUCUGGAGAGCAGGCAAGCAGCUUUGACCAAAGCUCCUCCCAGCACAGCAGCCAAUGGUAGCUUAGCUACUGGUUCGUCUAGAGUGAAAGAUGAUGGUGCUGAAGCUUCUGAUGCACAAAAGCAAUCUUCUCGGACCGCUCAUUC